UGGUCUAGUCAUUGGAUACAUGAACUGGGCUGCUUUUGUAAGACGACUAAAAAACCACGGUGUAUGUGAAAACUACUAUUUUUCAACUUGAGCAUAGUAGUAAACUAAAAAACAGCUGCCACAGCAGGUACUCUUAACAUGGGGCCUCCUACAAGGUGAUUACCAUAUUAAACCGUUAAUCAGCCUUUCAGAAUUUGAUGUUGAUUACACCCAAAGUUUGUAAUAUUAUUGAUAUUAAGAAAUAAAUGUUAAUUAAUAAGGAUGACUGCCUUGAAAGGAAAAGUAAAUAAAUCUGUCUAAGUGCAACAACAUAAGACAAAUGAAUGUUAGUAAAAAGUGAAGGUGAUGUUUUUAUGCAUAAAUUAAGAAUUUUGCUGCAGUAGACUUCUCUAAAUAAUUCAAAAUUACUUUCGUAAUUACAACAUAAGCGUGAAUUACAGGUGCAACACAUUAAUAACGCUCUCUUUCAUUUAAUUAAUUGUUAUGCAAGCAAAAAAAAUUGUAGAAGUGUAACAGUGUUCGUGUCUGUAAAUGGCGUUCCUACAUAUUGGUAAAGUAUUUUUUUUUAUAAAAAAAAUUCUCUGAGUUUGCGCUUUUUCGCUUUGGAAUAAGCUAUGAAAAUCGGUCAAGCGACUCGCAACACUCUGGAAAUAGGCCAGAGAGAAAAAAAUAAGAAUACCUACAUUAUAGGUACCUACACACAAAUAUUUUCGGGAUCCGUUUUUGUUUCACCCGAAAUAAAAUCAUUCUAAGACAGGAAUCUAUUGUUAACGACGUGAAGCGACAGUAAGGUAAGUAGGUACAACGUAAUGAGGUGUCAGACAUGCUACAUUAAUACUAAAUUCUAGGCACAAACUAUGCCGCAUCGCGUCGCUUCGGUUACUAAGUAGGUACGUUACCUUACAAAUUCUUGCGGCAUCAACAAUCAUAAUAAAUAUUACAUGCAAUUGUUUUUAACAUAAUAACAAUUCAAGGUGCCCAAUUUUGUAAUUAUAUCAUGGUACGGUAAUUGUUCGUAAUUACCGAGCCCGCUUAUCAUACCUGGCCUAAUUUACCGUCACCUGCAAUAGUUUUAUUGCAAAAUCUAAAAAGGAGACAAUUCUAAUAAACCUUAAUUUAUGUAGGUAUUAACAAUAUGGAACCGAAUUCCUUACAUUAGGCAGUUAUGAUUUGUAUUAGAUAAUUUAAUAAGAUAAAUUCAAAUUGAAUUUAAACUGUCACAGAAAUAGGAAAAGCCUACCUACAUUACCUAUCGGCGUUGCCUUAGAACUUAAAAAAGGACUUGUUUUCAGUAAAAAAAUCCAAUGUCUCGUAAUCUCCAAUCCAAUCCAAUCUCUUUUCCACUCAAUAUUAUUUAAAGAAACAUAAAACAAUUUUUACAGCAGCUCGACUCGAGUUUAUUCAAAGCAAACAGGAUUUAAAGAAAGAACCUUUCUAUCGGAUCAACUGCUCAACACGCACCCCUCCUCCGUCGUAAUUUAGCUGUAACACUAACUGUCCCUACUUUACAUAAUAAACUUAUAAGAGAGACACGCGUUGUCUUAUUAAGAUUUUAAAAUUGAAAUAACUCAAAACGCAAACAUCAUUAACAUCACCCAAAAACCUGUUCCACAUAGUACUAAAAUGUAUGUAAGGCCAGAAGCCGGCAGCAUACGAACGCGCAUUAUUUGGAAGCAAGUCAUUGAAACUGAGCGUCCGCUACACUACAACAAUAAAUAAAUAAAAUAAAAUUGUGACCGGGCAGUGAAAACGAACUAAGGAAGACCCAAAACACGAUAUAGUGGCAGAAAAAAAAAAACAUUGAGUGUUAUUUUUUAAAUAAUGACGAACAGAAGUUUGGAUAUCGUGGUGUUGGGAGCGACUGGUUAUACGGGAAAAUUUGUAGUGAAAUAUCUGGCGAAUUUAACAAAAGAAAAAUAUUGGGAUGUGACAUGGGGCAUAUCGGGUCGCUCUAAGCAAAAAAUUGAAAAAUUACUUGCAGAGCUCAACAAUACUGGCUUAGAUUUGAAAAACAUUCCUAUAAUGGAGUGCGACGUUGAAAAUGAAGAGUCUUUAAAGAAAGUUCUGCAAGCUGCCAAAGUAGUCAUCAAUUGUACUGGCCCUCAUUGUACCAUGAGUCCACCAAUCGUGAGGAAUUGUAUCGAAGCGGGAACACACUAUCUUGAUUUAUCAGCAGAAAUUUUCCAUAUACUGAAACUGACUCAAGACUACCACAAGGCGGCUGAGGACGCGGGUGUGUUAGUUAUCCCGGCUUGUGGACUUACAGCUCUACCUUCGGAAAUUGGCAUGAUAUAUCUACAUAGACUAUUUAAAGGUACGCUACACACAGUCGAAUGCCACGUUGCAAUAUUAAUGCCCAAGCGAUCUUACAUUCCCGGUCGAGCUUUACUGCAUAGCGGAACGUGGACAUCACUUGUUCACGUUUUGGACACUUUUAAGGAACAUGAGGCUCUGUUCCGCGAGAUGUAUCCACCCUUGGAGCCAGAGCCCGCAGAAAUGAAAAGGUCAUUCUUUCAUCGGUUCAACGGGAAAACCUGGUUUCCAUAUCCAGGCUGCGAAUCAAAUGUAGCCGAGAUGUCCCAAAGAUAUUUACUCGAGAAAACUCAAAAGAAACCAGCUCACUACAAGGUUUACACAACGCUACCCUUCCAUAUGUUCAUAGUCAUUCCGUUUAUGUUCUUAUACUAUUUGUUGAGUUCCUUCGGAUGGUUCAGAAAACUCUUGAUCAACUAUCCCAGGGUAUUUACACUUGGUUAUGCGUCAGAAAAAGGACCUACGGAGCAAAUGAGAAAAGACACGAAAUACUACUUCCAGUUCAACGGGAAGGGAUGGGAUUUGGAUGCAGAUUUGACAUCAAAACCGACGAAGUCUUUAUCUGUUAAGAUCUCUGGCAGUGAUCCGGGAUAUGAGACAACUGCAAUAGCAAUAGUUAUGAGUGCCAUUACAGUUUUGAAAGAGAGUUCCAACAUGCCGAAAGGUGGAGUAUUAACACCUGGCGCUGCUUUCUUUAGAACCGAUAUUGUUGAUAGGUUAAUGCAUGAUGAUUUUACGUUUGAAGUUUUGGAGAGUACUAAAUGAUUUUGAGUAACUAGCUAGCUAAUUGCUUAUUAUUUAUUAAAAUUGUUAUUUUAUACUGAGGGUUCGGAAACAUAUCAGGCGUAAGUCAUUUUGUCACAUAGUAUUGCUAAGUUUAAGGAACUGAAGUACUCAGCUAGAAAUAAGUGGAUGCAAAAUAAGGUAAGAUUUUCAUAAGGCUACAACAACCUACCUAAAUAAAUAUAAAAUAGCUUUUCUAUGUUAAAAGGUGUUAAAUACGUAAGAGAUUAUUGUACAAUCAAAUCUGUAAAAAACAAUAAUUACUUAAGAAGUUUACACAAAUGCUCUGUAUGUAUGUACAUGAAAACUUUAAUUACCUAUGUUAUUAAAAUGAGAAACUGUGUUUCACAAAAUCGUUUUUUAUUGUACCUUGCCUUUAUCUAUCCAUCCAG